GUCUAUUAAAGCCGGUUGCACACAGAAUGCGGCAAGCGUUGUCGUGUCCUGUGUGCAACCAGCUUAAGACUACGUUUAUGUGCCAGGUGCUUACUCUCCUACCGGUCCUUAAUAAUUGUAUACUUGACGCUGUCAUAAAUAUAUUCAUAAUCGAUUCCAAAUGAUGAACAUGUUUCGUUUGGUAUCCCGACAGAGGCUUUGUCAGUUUCGUCGAUUUCACAAAUGCGUAGUUCAACAAGCGGAAGCAAAUGCGGCGACGAGUACAGUGCAAACUGCACCGGUGUCAAAUGUCGACAACAUGGUCAAUCCGAAAAUCGAUAAAAUAGCCAACGACAUCACUGCUCUCAAUUUAAUAGAAGUAGCAGAACUUAGUGAUCUAUUAAAGAAACGACUCAAUCUCUCAGAUGCACCUGUUAUGCCUAUGGGAGGAUAUGCAGCUAUGCCAGUAGAGGAAUCAGAAGAACCAACAAAGGUACAAACAUCAUUCACUGUUAAGUUGCUAAGUUUUGAUGAUAAACAGAAGAUAGCCUUGAUCAAAGAAGUGAAGAAUCUAUUGCCAGAUACAAAUCUUGUUCAGGCCAAAAAGUUUAUUGAAAAUGUUCCUGCAAUAGUACAGGCUGAUAUAUCAAAAGAUGAAGCAGAGAAAUUAAAAGAGUCUCUAAUGAAGGUUGGUGCCACAGUUGAAAUUGUAUAAAUUUAUAUUUGCAAAUAUAUAUAUAUAUAUAUA